CAUGUCGUUCACAUAUAUUCACACACACACAAUUCAACAAGUUGGUUUGCCACAGAUGAAAUGACCAACUUUCUCUUUGCUUAGAUAGUUUCCCCUUCACUGUAGUCGUCUUUAAAAUGAAAAUUGGCACCUUGAAAACGAUAUCCUCAAACAUGGGCGAACUUUUUUCGAACUUUUCAUGAGAUUGAACUUUGGAUAACAAACAGUUUGAGGGAAACAGGACGGACUAGAAGGACACAUUAUGGCAAUAUGUGGCAGACGGAGUCGGUCGAAGUUAAUUCUGUACGUUCUCGGUGCUUUUGUAGUGGGAUAUUUAGUGUUUCAUAGGAACACGCAGAGUGAUGUCGGCCUGGCCAGUCGAAGAGAAGUGGCAGUCGAGCAGCGCGAAAAUGUGGACGAAGAUUUACUGAAGAAACCGGUUUACGAGAAGCCUCCUUUAGACGCAAAUGCUUUGGGGGAGAUGGGUAGAGCUGUUAAACUUGACCUGACUGAAAAAGAGAAACGAGAGGAAGAGGAGAGCAUCAAAAAGCAUCAGAUAAACACUUAUGUGAGCGAUAAAAUAUCACUUCACCGCAGACUGCCUGAAAGAUGGAACCCACUAUGUAAAAACCUGAAAUAUGACUACCUGAGCCUGCCCACGACGUCGGUAGUGAUAGCCUUCUACAAUGAAGCCUGGUCCACACUUCUGCGGACAGUGCACAGUGUCCUGGAGACCUCGCCUGACCUGUUGCUGACUGAAGUCAUACUGGUGGAUGACUACAGUGACCGAGAUCAUUUAAAGGAACCUCUAGAAAACUACAUCGCCAAUUUAAAAAAGGUGCGUCUGAUCCGAGCAAGGAAGAGAGAGGGUUUGGUGCGAGCGCGUCUCCUGGGAGCUUCCAUUGCCACAGGAGAUGUACUGACCUUCCUCGAUUGCCACUGUGAGUGCCAUGAAGGCUGGUUGGAGCCUUUACUCCAGAGAAUUAAGGAGGAGCCUUCAGCUGUGGUGUGUCCAGUAAUUGACGUCAUUGAUUGGAACACCUUCCAGUUCCUGGGAAACCCUGGAGAACCUCAGAUCGGGGGAUUUGAUUGGCGAUUGGUGUUCACGUGGCACACCAUCCCAGAACAUGAGCAGAAACGCAGAAGUUCUGCCACUGAUGUUGUCAGGUCUCCUACAAUGGCUGGGGGUUUGUUUGCAGUCGAUAAGAAGUACUUCCUUUACCUUGGCACAUAUGACACGGGAAUGGAGGUGUGGGGUGGAGAGAACCUGGAGUUCUCAUUCCGAAUCUGGCAGUGUGGAGGGACUCUGGAAAUCCAUCCUUGCUCUCACGUGGGUCACGUGUUUCCAAAGAAAGCGCCAUAUUCAAGAAACAAGGCCUUGGCCAACAGUGUGCGGGCGGCAGAAGUCUGGAUGGAUGAAUUCAAAGAAGUGUAUUACCACCGUAGCCCUCAUGCACGUCUGGAAGCAUAUGGUGAUGUGACGGACAGACGGAAACUCCGAAUGCGUCUUAAGUGUAAAGAUUUUAAGUGGUUCUUGGAGAACAUCUACCCUGACAUUCAAGUCCCAGAGGACAGGCCUGGAAUGUUUGGCAUGCUGAAGAGUAAAGGAAAGGCCAACUACUGUUUUGACUACAACCCACCUGAUGAUCAUAAUAUGGUCGGUCACCGAGUCAUUCUUUAUCCGUGUCACGGCAUGGGACAAAACCAGUUCUUUGAGUACUCAACGCUCCAAGAGAUCCGUUAUAACACGAGGGAUCCUGCAGGCUGUAUCGUAGCUGAUCCGGUUUCCACAUUUCUUACCAUGCAGCACUGCAGUAAACCCAGGGAACCUGUGCCUGAAGAACAGAAGUUUAUAUUCAGAGAGGAUGGCUCUCUCUACCACGUUCAGACACAGAAAUGCAUUGAGGCAGUGGACAGGACUGACAAUGGGAACCCUGGCCCCGCUCUCCGCCCCUGCUCGGACUCGGACUCCCAGAAGUGGUUCUUCGAAGAGAGGACAUAGCAAAGGUUCUCUCUACACUUUUCAUAUCAGCUGCUCCAACUCCACAGCAGUUUAUUGAUCAUUCCAAUUCCUCCACUUAGGAUUGAUAGUGCCUUCCUGUUACAAGAGGUGCACAGUACAGACUGUGAUUAAUGAAUUAGAUUUGAACAUUUCUGAGUAUUAAAAUUCAUCACUUAUAA